AUGUCUGCCUCUGUCAAGUUUACCGGCCUUUUGGCCCUCGCUUCCGCCGUUGCGGCUGUUCCCCACUACCAGCACGAGAAGUUCCACCACAGGGCUGCUUACCCAGUCAACGGAUGGGGUAACUCCAACACCACUGCCAUGGCUCAGGCUACCGGUACCGGUGCCUACCCUGGUGAACAGACUACCACCAUCGACACGACUUCGACCUCCACCUACACUCAGUACGAGACCGUCUACCAGAAGCCUUCCGGUCUUGCUGGAGGCAACAAGCAGGUCGAGGCCGCUGAUGCCUCGACUGGUGUCUGUGGCGCAACCGUCACUGUGACUGCUUCCGAGAAGGUCACUGUCACCGUCACUCCCGGUGGCGGUGCUGCUCUCCCCACCUCAUCUGCCGCUGGCAAUGGAUACGGAGUCCCUUCUUCAGUCAUGCCCGUCGCUGAGUCAAGCUCCACGGCCGCUGAGUACCCUGCCGCUCCUCCUGCCGACAAGCCCACUUCCUCUGCUGUCAAGAGCACCGUCGAGACUCCCGUAGCUGAGGCCACCACCUCUCCCGCUGCCGAGUACCCCGCCGCUCCUCCUGCUGCUUCGUCUUCCAAGGCUGAGUACCCUGCCGUUCCUGAGGCCCCCACCUCCAAGACCCCCGAGAUCACCGCAUCCGCUCCCCAGAAGCCCGUCGAGUCGGCCAGCUCUGUCGCCUCCUCCGCUGCUCCUUCCCCCACUGCUGGCAACAGCUACAGUGGCGUCAAGCGUGGUCUCGCCUACAACGAGGCUCACCUCUGCACCACCUUCGGCAGCAAGUUCGGCUUCGGUUACAACUGGGGACAGGUUGAGAGCAACGACAUCGGCACCUCCUUCGUCCCCAUGAUGCACGGUCCUAGCAAGUCUUCCGCCGACGAGUGGCUCGCCAACGUCGACACGGCCGUCAAGAAGGGUUCCACCGCCGUCAUGGGAUUCAACGAGUGUGACCACACCUCGCAGUGCAACCUGAGCCCCGAAGCCGCCUGCACCGCCUGGAAGGAAUACAUGAACCCCGUCAAGGCAGCCCACCCCGAGGUCACCAUUGUCGGACCCUCCGUUACCAACGGCCCUGCUCCGAUGGGAUUGGACUGGCUCAGCCGCUUCAACGACUGCUGCCCCGACGCCCACGUCGACGCAACCAACAUCCACUUCUACGACAUCUACGACGAGCAGACCAUCGACCGCUUCCAAGCUCAGGUCGAGAAGGCCGCCGACAUGGGUGGCAAGAAGGUCUGGAUCACCGAGUUCGGUCUCAACCCCGGCAGCGCCUCCGAGGAGCAAGCCGCCAGCUUCCUCAAGGACGCCAUGGCCUACCUCGACGGCUCCGACAAGGUCCAGGGUUACUCCUGGUUCAUGGUCGGUGACGGUGAGAACCAGCUCAACUCUGGCAGCGGCCUCUCGGCUGUUGGCAAGGUCUACGCUGGUGCCGCUUAA